AUGUUGAAGAAGUUAAAGGCUUUGGUCGAGCCUCUGGAGCGUCUUUUGACGACUUUGGGGACUAAGGGACCAAAGUCCAAUACAACACACAAUGGUGGAACACAAUUUACUUGCUUUAAUAAGCAACAAGUUUCUGACUUACAAAAACGUAAACCAGUUAACAACUUUGUAACUUCAAAUAAAUCAGUAGAACAAACUAGACUUUAUAAUUUUCUUUUUGAUAAUUUUUCAAUAUGUAAAGCGUUUUCCUUUCAACCAGUGCCAAGUCCCGUGGUUUUUUCACGAAUACCUCUACGUGUCCAUAAACAACAAGGGUUUGGAAUAAUUUCUCAACACGCUUUUCUACAGCCUGUUGGAACAAGUAAUAUAUUUGGUCGAGGGGUUAGAAAUUUCUCUACUAUUCAACCUGUUAUGUUAAAUAAUGGUACUAGCACUAGUAGUGCAAUUCUUGCCCAGUUGUGUUUUAAACCAUUUACCACUUUUUCUAGUAAAUCUGGUUCAUUAUGGUUCCAGAAGCAAGAAUCUUUAAACAAAAAUAACCAAGAAUUGAGUAAUAUUAAUAAACGUACAACCAAGAAAAAGGAAAAAGAAAUGGGGCGUCAAUUUUUGGUCUUAAAUAGUAACAAAGGUAUUUCUGAUAUUGUUAAAGAUUCUAAGAUCAUCGAAGAUAAUACAAAUAGAAGGAUUGCUUGCAGAUCAAAUAUAAAAAAUCUAUCAGAAACGAGCAAAACUGUUGAAAAAUCUCCCGAAGUCUUUGUUAAUGACAGCGAAAGCAUUCAAGUUUAUAUGUCUAUUAUACUUAGUUCAUCUAUUUGCUGGAAUAAUGAUUAUUCAACUUCGAUGUCUAAUAGUACAAAUAGUAUUAAUUCUACUAUAGGUGUUCUGUCUGAUCUAUUGCAACAUAAGAAUAAUUCCGUUUCUCAAAAACCCGGUUCGCAAUUAAAUUCAUCUUUAGUUCGACAUCUUCAAGAAAUUGCAGAAAUGCAACAUAACCACAUGAUGGAAGUUAUUUCCAUAUUAGGAGCAUUACUGCGACAUGGUGACUUUGGUGUUGAGAUAUAUGGGUGUGAAUUGCGUGUAAAUUUCCCGCGUGGCAUGCGAAAAAUAGAGGUUGAAAAUUUGUUACAAAGUUUGAGUAUUAAUCCGGAUAGUCCACAUUUUGAGCUUGAAGAGUUUAUUUUUGAUGGAAGUAUCGCGAUAUCCCCUCUAACAAAUGAAAAUGUUGAUAUGCAAUUACCUGAGCCGAAUAAUUCUUACUUUGAUAAUGAACUUGCAGAAACAGCAACAAUUUCAGAUUUAUCUUCUUCAUUCCUUGGUUAUGAAGUUUUGUCAUAUUUAUCAAGUAACGAUAGUAGUCCUGUUCUGUUACCAAGUAGAAUUUCGGUGGAUAAUAUAAUUCGCUCUCCAUCGCCUUGUAUGUCACCUGUGAAUUCACCCCCUAGGCUUGGAACUGAAUACAUUAUUGGUAUCCAGGAAUUCCUAAGUGCUGUUGAUGAAGCCCUCGUUAAUAACACGACCAUGUUUAAUAGCAGGGAAGAUGAUGAUGAAAUUGGAGAGGAUUAUUAUGAAAAUUAG